AUGGAUAACGAAAUUUCUGCAGCCGAGUCUAUCGGUGCCACCGCCCUGGACUUGCCAUUAAACCGUUCAGAAGCAGUCACAACAGACUACUCGCCAGACGAUGAAGACCUGGACGAAGCGGCCGCUGCUGCCGUCGCCGCAUCAGAGGCCACUCGUGACACGCUGGCUGACGGUCUGGUUGCCAGUUUGCUCAGGCCGUGUGUUGACCGUUUGGACGCGUCUGUCCAGUGCACCAGAUUGAGCCAACUUGACCUGAAACUACAGCUUGACUCGUUGGCUACCGAACUCAAGCGCUUGUCGUUGGCACAGCACGACUACUUAUUUGCUGCAACGUCCAUGUCAUCAACACAAUUGCCAGCCUCUGCUGACAAGACUAUUUCGUCUACAGUGACUGCUACGACAAAAACCGCCACUGACACAUGUGUCCUACUAGAUGGAUAUGCUCGUAGAUUGUGUGACGCACGUGCCAAGAUAGCCGUUGUGGGAAAUAUACUGGAGUCUACUCAGGAACGCUUACGAGCGCUUUCUCACCGAAUAGGUCGUGAGCACAACAACCGUCGAUCACUCCUAGAGCCCCAAGCUGUGGUAAUUGAUGCGGCGGAUGAACUGGAAUUGGAGGAAGAUAAUGAAAAGAUGAAUGAUGAUGUAGAGGAGGUAAACGAUAACAAAGAGAAGGUUCAGCCAAAUAAGAACCUCGCAGAUUCUAAUGAGGACAACAGGGAAGAAAAACAACCUGAGGAAGAUGCAACAGUGAUUGCAGAAGCAUCAGAAAUACCAAAAAAGUCAUGA